AUGACAUCAAUUAAACCAUUUCAAAUUGAAGAUUUAUUUGAAUUAAAUCCUGUAAAUUUAGAUCCAUUAACUGAAAAUUUUAAUAUCUCAGCCUAUUUACAAUAUUUAGUUGAAUGGCCACCACUCUUUUUUAAAUCUACAGAAAUUUCUGCAUUUAAUGCUAAUGGUCAAGAUGAGAUUAGUGGAUAUAUGAUGGGGAAGACAGAAGGGAAAUUAUCUAAAAAGGAAUGGCAUACUCAUAUUACUGCAGUUACUAUACAAGAUCAAUAUCGUCGAUUAGGAUUAGCAAGUGAAUUAUGUACAGAAUUAGAAAGAUUAACUAGUAUUAAACCUUAUGAAACUUUAUUUGUUGACUUGUUCGUUAAGGUGACAAAUGUAAUUGGAAGACAAUUAUAUGAGAAAUUGGGUUAUAGUGUUUAUCGACGGGUAGUUGGAUAUUAUGGGAGAACAGCGCCAAUGGAUAGGAACCAAAUAGAUGAUGAAAUAGAUGCUUUUGAUAUGAGAAAACUGUUACCCAGAGAUGUUAAGAAAGAAACAGUGCGAGAGAAUGGUGAUAAAGUAUAUGUAUUACCUCAAGAAAUAGUAUUUUAG